AUGUAUGAUAUGAUAACAGAUCACUUGCAUAAUGUUCAAGAUAUUGGCCAACAAUACAUAUUUGAAACACCAAUAUAUUUGGAGAGUCUAUUACCGCCAAAUAAAGACUUGUUUUAUCGUUAUUUCGGUUCAUAUACGACACCCAAAUGCAAUGAAGCCGUCACUUGGAUUGUAUACCCGGAACUGGUCUUUAUUGGUAGGAAUCAGAUUAAAAAGUUUCGGACAUUGUUUACGACAACAUUUGACAUAAGGACCGGUCAUUUGAAGAGAAUGAUCGGUAAUAUUCGUCACUUACAGGACAUUGCCGGACGAAAGAUCUAUACAUCGGGAAAAUUACCGAUCAAUUCAGAUAAUGUAGUACUGACCAUACCUUUUAUGAUUAGUAAAUAA